GGCUACAUCACGAGGUUGAUCAAACUUAAUUCCUUCUUUGAUUGAGCCUACCAUAUAGAGCACAACUUAUAAGUUAUAAUGUAGCUGCAGUGAUCAAUCAGUGCUGUCACAUUUUCUUCUCUGAAACUACUCCGAACUUUAUAACUUUAAUGCGGUGUCGAGUUCACCUCACAAAAUUUACAUAGUUCAACUGAUCGUAUAAUAAGAGGAUUUUUGUUCCCUUGUUUAUCUAAGGCCGGUCGAAUUUAACGCUAUUCAAAUUACGUCAGGCCUAUAGCGUGUUUCCCCAGAUGUGCUUACAAAGUCUUGCCGACUUCACCCGACUUCAUCUAAGAUGUAUUUGGUGACAGUAACAAAUGGGCGUGGUCCUUGGAAAUAACUAGAAGCAGGAAGCACUGUAGUGUGUACACAUUGACUACGAUUGUUGUAUGUCAUAUCAAUUUCAAGGAUAUUCUUCUCUAGCUGCUAUCAAGCGUCAAACAGCGAAAUCAACAUACGAAAGUGGAGAUGAGAAUUACAGGAAAGCACCUUUGGAACUUUUCCCAAAAAAAGAUUUUGAUUCGCUUCUCGCCUUUGGCUAAAUUUUGAUCGCAUAUAAAAGAACGACCGAGAAUCCAGCUCAUCACUUGCUCAUCGCAGCUUCGUCUUGUCGUUCAACAACCGACAUCGCCAUGAAAGUUUUGAUCUUUUGCGCUAUCUUGGUUUGUGUCUCUGCUGCUCCAUUGUCGCUCGAGUUGACCGAUGACUUGAAAUGGAAAAGCGUCGAUCUCAACAAGGACGGCCAACCUGAUGUUGUUGCUAUGCCACUGACACCCGAGUUUAGCAAUGAUUUCCAAUGGAAAAGCGUAGAUCAGAACAAGGAUGGUCAACCUGACGUUGCUCCGGUUGUUGAAGAAACCAAAGUAGCUGAUACCCCAGUCGCUGAAGUCGCCCCAGUCGUCGAGGUCGCUCCGGUAGCCGAAGUCGCUCCGAUUGCUGAUGUCCCCGCUGUAGAGGCUGCCCCAGUCGUUGAAGCCGCCCCAGUAGCUGAAGUUGCCCCAGUCGCUGAUGUCCCCGCUGUAGAGGCUACCCCAGUCGUUGAAGCUGCCCCAGCCCCAGUAGCUGAUGUCGUCGCUGUCGCUCCGGUUGUUGAAACCGCUCCAGUGGCUGAAGAAACCAAAGUAGCUGAUGCCCCAGUUGCCGAUACACUUGUUGCUGUUGCAGCCGCACCUGAAGUCGAAUUGAAAGUCCCCGAGCCCGUUCAAGAUACGGCUGAAGUACAGGAAGCUAAAGCUACAUUUUUCCAGCUUUACGAAGAAGCCGCUGCUGCAGCCGCCGCUGUUGAUGAAAAUGGCAACCCCACCGUGAAUAACGAUUUAGAAAGCAAGGCUCGCCAGGUUGUUUCAUUUUUUAAUCCAUCUGUCGCACCGUACACCCUGCCGACUUUCUUCCCGGCCGCACAGCCUUUGGCAUACAGUGCUGGAUUUCCUUACACCUUCCCUUUCGUCUACCCUACCGUGCCUGCUCCUGUUACCGCUAAGAAUGACCGCAAAAAGCGACAGGUUCCCGUUUUUCCCAGCCAGUUGUACAACGACUUGGUCUACAAAAGUGUUGAUUUGAACCAAGAUGGCCAGCCCGACAAGGCAGUUAUCACUACACCCAAAUCUGUCCAAUAUUUGCCUUAUGCUGGUUAUCCUUACUCUGCCUACUACCCCUACGCUUAUCCGUUUGCCAACGGCUUGUAUUUUUAAAUUUUCUUGACGAAUUAUGACCGAAUAAUACUUCUGCUCGGGGGGAAGGACUAUAUUUCAUUCUUGCAAAUGUUACCACUUGAAUUAUCAGUUGUUUCAUUCGUUACCUGAUUGUUUUUCUAUAUAUUUUUUUUGUGGUGGAAUAUUUAGUUGUUACAUUUGUGCUGCACGGAUUUUUUUAGAUUGAAUAUGAGCUCAAUUCAGUAA